CAAACCUGUUGUUGCGAAAUUCGAGGUGGUAAAUGUGAAAUUCGAGGUGGUAAAUGUGAAAUUCGAGGUGGUAAAUGUGAAAUUCGAGGUGGUAAAUGUGAAAUUCGAGGUACGGAGACACCUAAACGAGGUGGUAAAUGUGAAAUUCGAGGUGGUAAAUGUGAAAUUCGAGGUGGUAAAUGUGAAAUUCGAGGUGAUAGUCUAUGCGGAGCAGCCUCUAACUGACAACAACAGAUCUCUGGCCUCCUAUGGCUUGAAAGACGGCGACGUGGUGAUUCUGCGGCAGAAAGAGACCGUAGAGCCGCGGCCCUCCAUCCGAUUCCCAGGUCUGCCGAGGAUAGACUUCAGCAGCAUCGCGGUGCCUGGGACAUCCACCCAGCAGCACCAACCACCAGCACAGCGGCUUCGCCCGUCGCCUCCCGAGGCCCCUUCGUUCCCUCAGGGUUUGGACAAUCCGGCGCUGCUACGGGAGAUGUUGCUUGCGAAUCCCCACGAGCUGUCGCUGCUGAAGGAGCGCAAUCCGCCCUUGGCCGAGGCGUUGCUCAGCGGAGACCUCGAGAAAUUCACCAGGGUGUUGCUGGAGCAACAGCAGGACCGAGCGCGGCGGGAGCAGGAGAGGAUCCGACUCUAUUCAGCUGACCCUUUCGAUCUCGAGGCACAGGCCAAGAUAGAAGAAGACAUCAGGCAACAAAACAUUGAAGAAAAUAUGACAAUAGCAAUGGAAGAGGCCCCCGAGAGUUUUGGGCAGGUGGUGAUGCUGUAUAUUAACUGCAAAGUCAAUGGACACCCAGUGAAAGCCUUUGUCGACUCAGGUGCCCAGAUGACCAUCAUGAGCCAAGCUUGUGCUGAAAGGUGCAACAUAAUGAGGCUGGUAGAUCGGCGGUGGGCCGGCAUUGCGAAGGGUGUAGGGACGCAGAAGAUCAUCGGCAGAGUGCACUUAGCUCAGGUCCAGAUUGAAGGGGAUUUCCUGGCGUGCUCCUUCUCAAUCCUUGAAGAGCAGCCCAUGGACAUGCUUCUAGGGCUGGAUAUGCUGAAGAGGCAUCAGUGUUCGAUUGAUCUCAAGAAGAACGUACUAGUGAUCGGCACGACUGGCUCGCAGACCACUUUCCUCCCGGAGGGCGAGCUCCCGGAGUGCGCCCGGCUGGCUUACGGCGCCGGGCGGGAAGACAUACGUCCGGAGGAGAUUGCAGACCAGGAACUAGCAGAAGCAAUACAGAAGUCCGUAGAGGAAGCAGCAAAAUCUGUCUGCAUGAAGGCAUUCGGGGGCGCUCGCUGUUUAGUUUGUGCUCUCUUUGCAACAUCCUACGCGCUCUGGUUUCUUGGCCUCCGAAGGUGUGGAGAUAAGUGGUUGUCCCGGGUCGAGCUGUAG